UUACUUCUCAGAAUUUGCCGUAGAGGACAUUCCCACCUCUCCUCAUCUUAUUUCACUCAAAGAAAGAGGGAAGAAGAAGAAGGAGAAGAAGAAGAAGAAAAUGGGAGGAGGCAAUGGACAGAAGUCAAAGAUGGCUCGAGAGAGGAACAUGGAGAAGCAAAAAGCUGCUAAAGGGAGUCAGCUUGAAUCAAACAAGAAAGCCAUGACAAUCCAGUGUAAGGUUUGCAUGCAGACAUUCAUUUGCACUACAUCAGAGGUGAAGUGCAAGGAGCACGCCGAAGCUAAACACCCAAAAUCCAACUUAUAUGCUUGUUUUCCACACCUCAAGCAAUGAAGUAAUGACUCUGGAAAUAAUAACAAUUUUCAGAGAUGGGUUCUUAUUAUCUCUUGGUGACUUCAGUUUAGAGAAAUCGAUCAAACUCUGCUCGGCUCUUGGGCAUUUACCGUCAUGUAUGUGAAAUCUGUUUAUAUUAUUCCCAUGCCUGAAUUGCUUCUAUUCA